AAUAUGUUUUCCUUUGAUAACUGAAAAAAUAUUAAGUGAGCUACUGCUCAAAUAUUAAAUUUAUAAUUUUAUACGAUAUGUCGUUUAGCUUCGGGAACGGAAAUAGGGGUUUUGCGUUCUCGCGGUGUUGGCCGAAAGACGCCCAGAUGUCAAAAACAAUUUUUUUAAAGACCUUUUCAAAUUUUCUGAGAAACACAUGAAAUUGCACCACACACAUACUUCACUGUUUGAACUGAGUAGCAUACUUUUCGGCGAUGGGAUAAGACAAUCCCCAUAUUUUUUGCUUUCGGAAUAUACAUAUACAUACAAACAUUAAUAUGGAGGGCAAAACUACAAAUGCUACAACAUUGUUCAGAGUAAAGGACUGAGUGGAAGGAAAAAGGAUAGUCGAAUUUCGAACAACUGAUGUUAUUUAGAACAUCAAGUGACUUUCGCUCGUGUAGACGCAUUUUUGUUAUUGGAAGAAAAUAUGUACAUACAUACAUAUAAAAAUAUGUUAAAUUAGGAAAGUGUCAAUAAAUUACGAAAAUCAAAUACAUAAAGAUAUGAAAUUUAAAUAGUAUAAAAAUUUCUACGAAGCAGCUUAAAAACUAGCACUACAGCUUUGUAGUAUGUAUUUAACUGAAUCCGUGCAUAUAUAUAACCCGUUAGUCAAAUAUUUCUUUUAAGACUUGAAGUAUUCAUUGCCUGCAACUCUCCAAACGGUUGUUAUGAAUGUCGCGUAAAUAUUUUAAUAUAGAGAUAACCUUAAUUUAUUUCCUGCUGCUUAUGCCAUGGCCUCACACGCAUAUAAUACAAUUAUUUUGCUCCAAAGAUAACAGUCGUUUGGUGCGCAAAAUUGUACGCUCGAAAUGGACACCGAUAUUGGAUAAAUAUUCGGCAAAAUUACCUCUAGAAUGUCCGCUACACCCGCUGCGCGACGUUUUCUCUCCAUGUCAAGAUGCCAAAAAACGUGAUCGACCAACGCAGUGGACCUGUCGUCUGUGUGGCAAAAGCUUCUACCAGGAAAGGUUUUUGGAUUUACACUUUGAGACGCGGCACAAGUCUGUUAUCAAUGAGGCCGAAGAUGCCGUUUGUCUGGCAGACUAUUGUGACAUAAUGCGUUGUGAGGUGUUUCAAACUGAGGAAUCGUCUAGUUUGACAACCAGCGAUCAGCAUGUAGUUACCGAUAUUGAAGUCUGGGGUGAUUCCUUGGGCCAGAACUCAGCGCUGGCAAAGGCAAAUACACCAUAUUUAAGUUUAAUACCUCUCAGAACCUCCUCCAUCGGUGGAACGCGAGCGGCGAGAGGACAAACUCGUCAAUUAUGUCAGGACAAAAUUGGCCAAAAUAAGUUUAAGGACACUGUAGUCGAAAAUGUAAUUAUUGCUGAAAAGAGCAAGAAGGCAACCACCGUCAAUGCCAAUGAACCCAAGAAAAAUAUGAAAAAAGGACAUGCUGACGGUGAACAUUCAACAGGGACUCCAACAAACUCGGAGCACAACAAGGCUGCCAAUACAGAAACACCACCACACAAUUCCAAUUCUAAGGCCAAGAAGAACGGCUCUACGUCUGAACAGAGCAACCAUGGCGAAGAUGAUGAAGCCAACGCCACGCCGACCGGCAAUACCAGCAGAGCCAAGAAUGACAAUGGCAAUAUACAGAAGACACGUGCCAAUUGCAAGGCUGAAGAACUGAGCAAACUGAAGGUGCAAUGUGAGCUUUUAGUUCGUACUUGUAUCUCUAGCCUUCUAUUGACCAUGACGGAUCAAACCUUUAAAGAAAUGGAAGAGGAAAUGAAUAGAGCAGUUUGUUGGUACUUGUCAUGCGAUCGAUAUUGGGAGGAUGGUCCACUCGAGCCGCGAACCUUCCCCUGGGGUUUGGCUCUGCUGCUGAUUUUUGUACUCUCGACAGGAGUGUGCUUUUGCUAUUACAUCAUUUGGAUACUGUUUAACUCCGAGGAAACGACAAUCAUUACCAAUCAGCACGAUUACAUGUACCACCGGUACCCACAGUCGGCGCAAAUGCCGCCAGAGCAAGAGCAGCAGCACCACCACCAGGCCUACGUGACUACCGGCAUGCACAGUGGUAUGCGCCAGAGCCUCUCCCAACCAUACUACUACCAGCAGAAGGCUCACGAAUUAUACCCCGAACAACUUCAAUACGACUAUCGCCACAGUCCGAGACGCUACAUAGCGGAGUCGCACAUGCAGAGCACCUCCACGGCCGCAGAUAUGGCCGGCACACCACGACAUCGACACGCACCGACACAGAGUCACGUUUACCAACAGGACAUUUUAGACCGACGCGACUAUACAAAUAGACCCAUAGCCACAACAGCGGUCACGAGUGUGGGCAGCAAAGCAAUGACCAGUGCGGGCGGAGCGCCAAAAUCGGCAAGUACUGCAGGUCUGGGUACAAGCGGUGUCACUAUGUUGGAAAAUGAGUCAAGCAUAGGCGUGGGGGCGGGUGGUGGACGCCAUUAUAACACCCAUCCACGUCCUGUAACCUCUCAUCAUCGCAAUAGUGGCGCAUCUCAGCAUUCACUACGCGCUUCAUCAUCUAUUCAUGAAUUCAUGCAAAAUGACAUAGGCCAAAACGAGCACUAUAUCUAUGUUACGUAUCCGCCUGAUCUGAAGAAGCGCUAUUUCGACAAAUAUGAAUAGGAGGUGGACCGAUGGGCAGCACCAUCACCAUAUAACUUUGCAUGAGGUUCUAUGCCGUACAUGCGAACAACCACAAACAACAAUCGUUGAACAGCGGCGAGUUCCAGUCAUCAAUUGCAUUGACUGUAACUUCAGCUGUGUCGGAUAUGUAAGUAAGAUGUGUGUAUGGAGAUGCAUAAGGUCUGUUUGCUUGAUGGAGACUGCAUUUUAGAUGUCGGUAAUUUAGCUGAAUUUUUAUAGUGCAAUAGUGCAAAAUAGGGGAAAUCAAAACGCCAAUGUAUCGAAAUAUUUGUGCUCGAAAUUCGCUCGAGGCUUGAAAUAUUACUCACAGUAUCGAAGUGUCAUUAUUCAUUAAUAAAAUACCAAUAUUUCUUAUAAUAAAUUUCUUAAACCCUUUUAAA